AUGCCUCUCAACACCACAGUGUCCUGGAACCUCAAUGGCUCCCCAUGCACCAACGGUCAUCAUGGAUCUCUUGGCACCGUGGACUCCGGACGCAAUCCGGUAAAUGAGAGUGUAUUACAAGUCGGCACGAAUCCGCAGCUAGGUGUCGCAAUCAACGAUGUGCGCUGCCGGCUUCCACAGCGGGGAUCCGCCGAUGUCUUUGUUGUCUGCUGUGAAUAG